AUGAGUCAGACUACAGUGGACGUUUUAUCCUCAGUGCCAGCCUGGUACUUUGACACCGAAGGCCGAUACAUUGCCUUUCGCCAAGACGGAACAGGCGAGCUGUGGUGUGCGUGCAACUUCAACUACUGGAUCGCCGCCGAGCUCGAAUGGACCGUGGCCGAGACGGCCGAGACGGCCGAGACGGCUGAUAUGCAGAUCGGCGAGUCCCCGGCCGUCGACAUUGAGACAGGAAAUUCCCUGCGUAUCCAGAUGAAGCUGACAACGCGCUUGCCGCCAAGUGCGCAGUCGUCCAUUUUGACACAGAGCACCCUGCUGAAUGAGCAUAGCCUCGGGGAGGAGGCGUUUAAGACAAAGUCAUACACGGUGCAUGUGGAAAAAGGCCGCUUCACGGAGCCGAGCCGUGCAAUGUAUGCACGAGACAGUCGUCUCCCACAGUUCGAUCUGCGCCUUGUGUUUGAUCCGUCCCCAUACCCGCCCAAGUGUGAAUGGAAGGCGCCGGAGAGCGGGGGUGUCGUGGACGGCCAGUUCUGGCAUCAUACGCAGUUUGUGGCUAGCUCAACUUGA